GCUAAUUCUGCAAAGACAAAAAUUUUAAUACACAAAGGGUAAAAAUGGCUAUAUUUUCUUGCUUACGGUGCGGAUAUAUGUAUGAAUUUGUAGUGUCGAGCAAUUACGUUCGAAAGUUGAUCACACGCACGGAUUAUUGUCCGAAGUGUGAUCAAACGAAGACCUUCCGGUUUAUGAGUUUUGGUGGGAUGGUUGGUCAAAUGCCUUUUAAACCAGCGGAUGUUCCUAGACCGUCGUAUGCAACCUUAUACUGGAGGAAAAAGGUAAAUGGGAAAACAGCAAACCUGCCCUUAGAUGAAGUAUGCCCAAAGGAUCAGUUUUAGUCUUGCGCUUGGGAAUCCCCGUAAUUAAUACGAUGCUACUUUACAUUGACUUUAUUAACGACGUGAAAAGAUUCUAGCGUUGCGCGAGCAACACUAGCAUUUAUUAUCUUAUUUAGGUGUAUUCCUAUGGGCUUUUUGGGUUCUGGGCUAACAACUGCCUCAGUCUAUUCAGUCGUAAACAUUCCUCAUGCAGAAAUAGUAAAGUUAAUUUUGGACCCCGCGAGUUGAAUUCACCAAGAUGAGUAGGGAAAAUUUAUACCUACAACGGAUUCUGAAACUGUAUUGUUCAAGACUUAUUUCAUGAGCUGAGACCAUUGCUUCAUGUACUUUUGUCCACCUUCGAAUGUACCAAUAACAUCACGCUGGUUUAUUUGUUGUCCCUCGUGUUUUGUCGAUUCUUACUAUUUCUGGCAUUAACCUUGUGUGUGUCUCAUAAAUGAGCGCGAUGCUUUUUUUCUAGAAUAACUAAACUUCUGACAUUGUGCUACGUUGAACUUUACCGCCGUUCAAAGGCCCGGUAUCGCUUUUGUUCUAGGUGUGGAGAAUUAUUAUA